GACUACAAAUCGAAACUAGCGGACUACUGGAGCGCGCGGGGGACUGACAGCUUGACAUCACGGUGGCUGGCACUUCGUGCGUCUGAAAGUACGGCACUUAAACUGACGUAUUAUUUUCCACCUGGGAGCUGACGAAAGUUGACAACUUUGAAAAUGCAGUCGGAAUCGGGGAUUGUGCCCGACUUUGAAGUCGAAGAUGAAUUUCACGAAGAGCCUAAAACGUAUUACGAGUUGAAGAGUCAGCCGCUGAAAAACAGACUGGCUGUUGGUGCCUCCCCUUUUGACACGCUCCCAGCGCAGCCGGACCAGCGUGACUCUCAGAGCUGUCCAAGGGCGCGCAGUGCACCUUCAGCACAGGAAAUAAAGAUGGAGGCUCUGGGUGUCCAAGUGCAAAGACCCUGCGUUUUUCAUUGCAGCCGCUUUAAUCCAUCUGAGCAGCAGCAUGGCUCCUCUAAGCCCCCGCUGGGUUCGUCGGCCGUGACCUCUCGUAUCCUGCUCCGCCAGCAGCUGAUGCGUGAGCAGCUCCAAGAGCAGGAACGGCGAGAGCAGCAGAGACGGCAGAGCUCAGCAUACGCACAGCCCUCCGUCACCCAGAGCCCCGCCAUCAACGUCAGCGCACCCAGCGGCCUGCCCAGCGCCACCCAGGUGCCCAUGGAAGUGCUGAAGGUUCAAACGCAUCUUGAAAAUCCCACAAAGUAUCACAUCCAGCAGGCACAGAGGCAGCAGGUGAAGGCGUAUCUAUCAACCACACUGGGAGGAAAGCUCGGAUCGCAGGCUGUGAGCUUGCCGUGUCCCAGCCAGGCCGCCGAUCACGGGGGAAUGCCUCCGGGGCCGGGCAACAGCGCCCCCAACAGUCCCAUGGCCUUACUGACCCUCAACUCCAACUGCGAGAAAGAGAUGGAUGAUGUCAUUGACGACAUAAUAAGUUUGGAAUCAAGUUACAAUGAUGAUAUCAUGGGACUCUCCUUGGACCCCGGACUUCAGAUGGCCAAUACGAUUCCUGUGUCAGCGAACCUCUUGGACUUGUACAGUAACCCAGGCAUGCCUCCUCCUGGACUCUCUAUUAGUAACUCAUGCCCUGCUAACCUGCCCAACAUUAAAAGGGAAUUCUCUGUUACUCCAUCUCCAGCCAUGAUGCACAUGAUGGACAAGCCCAGCUCCUGUAGCAACUUUGAGAACUAUCAAAGGCCUGAAGGGUUUCCUGUGGAGGCAGAAGUUCGUGCUCUCGCAAAGGAAAGGCAAAAAAAGGACAACCAUAACUUAAUUGAGAGGCGACGAAGAUUCAACAUUAACGAUCGAAUCAAAGAACUAGGGACUCUGAUUCCUAAAUCAAAUGACCCGGACAUGCGUUGGAACAAGGGCACUAUUCUUAAGGCCUCUGUGGAUUACAUCAGGAAACUUCAGAGAGAGCAGCAGCGCGCCAAAGAGCUUGAGAACCGUCAGAAGAAGCUGGAACACGCCAACCGUCACCUGAUGCUCAGGAUACAGGAGUUGGAAAUGCAGGCUCGUGCUCAUGGACUGGCCAUUGCCUCGUCUACACUCUGUCCAUCAGAUCUAGCAGCCCGGGCCAUAAAACAGGAGCCGGUCCUGGGAGACUGCAGCCAGGAUAUGUACCCUCACACGCACCCCUCUUGCCCCGACAUGGGCCGCUCCAGCACCCUAGACCUUAACGAUGGUACAAUCACCUUUAACGACUCCCACAGUACAGGCUCUACCACUUCUACUGAAGCAGGGGCUUAUGGUCUCAUUUCUAAGGCACAUGGCGCUAAACUUAACGACAUCCUGAUGGACGACACAUUGUCGUCUGUAGCAACAAGUGACCCGCUUCUCACCUCCGUCUCACCUGGAGCCUCAAAUGACCAUAAGGACAGCAUGAACAUGGAGGAAAAUGAUCAUGUUUGUUAGUGCAGCGAAAACCUUCAUUUGGCUUUUUAGGGCUGCUGGUCAUUGUUGCAUUUUUCCAACAAUGCAGCUGACGCUUGGGAUUGCUAAAGAGGAAGCAUGGCCUGUUUUGUCAAGUGCAAAGUAAUAUAAUUUUUUUUAUGUUUACACUCAUUUUAUUUUAUUGUAUUUUAACCGUAUCCCAGUUUUGCCUACCCAAAUUUCAUUGUGGGAUAAUAAUUCAGAUUGUGCGUAAUACCAAAAUAAUCAAGGUCAGUAUCAUAAAAAGACUGAUUUGUGUAACUUCGCAUAGGUAUAUUUAGAAUAUAAUUUAAUCAACUUUGGGAUAAUAGAGUUUUUCUGGGAAGACGUCAAAACUCAUAUGACUAAUUCGCUGCUGGUUCCCUCAAGAUUUUCCUAUUGGUUUUUGUAGUGAGGUUUUUCAAGUAAAAUAAGGUCUGUGGUAAACAUAACUUGAAGAUACUUUGACGUUUUGUUCUACAUUACACACCCAUACCAAAAACAUGAAUUUUGAAGCAGUUAUGUUUAUUUUUGAAAACAUGUUUCUAAUAAGUAACUAGAUAAGACAGUUUGGGGUGUGACUGUGUGCAGUUUACCUUCUACAGCAAAAUGUGCAAGUAUUGUCAAGUUAUGAUUACCACAGACUUUAUUUUACUCAAAGUGAAAAACCCCAUUUGAAAAUCUCAAGGAAACCAGUGGCGAAUUAGUCUUUCAGCUUGACGUCAUGCAGCACUCUAUAUAAAAGUGCACUUGAAUGAUGAUUUCUUUGGUUGUACAGUAGCAUGUUUAGAAGAAUACUUCUCUUAUAUAUAUAUAUAUAUAUAUAUAUAUAUAUAUAUAUAUAUAUUAAAGGAAUGUUUUAAGCAGUAAACUAUAACCUCUACGAGAUGUACUUAAAAAGAUUAAAAAGAAUAAUUCAAAAAUGAAAAUUCUGUUAAGUACUCACUCUCAUGUUGUUCUAAACUAUGAUUUUUCUGUUGAAUAUAGAUAUUUUGAAGAAUUGUUAUAGUUAUUUUCCAUAUAACAAUUUAUAGUGACCACGUCAAUCAAGCUCUGAAAAAAAAAAAACUACCAUAAAAUUAGUCCAUGCAAUUUUACAAGUUAUAUGAUAUCUGUGUGAGAGAAAAUUAUUUAAAUUUAAGUUGUUAUUUCUUAGAAAAUGUUACUUUUGUUACACAAAAAUAACAGCAAACCUGUUUGUAACAUGAGUGUGAGUAAAUUUACAUUUUUGGGUAAAAUAUUCCUUUAACAUAGCUAAAAAAAACAAAAAACAAAACAAAAUAAAACUAAUUCAUAAAUGUCGCAAAAAAUUCUGUUAAAUGUUGUUCUAACAUCACUGAAUAUUUAAGCAACAUUUUGAGCAAAUGCUCUAAAAAUCGCAUCUUUCAGAUGAAACCCACUAGAUAGAUGUCUGGACAAAGUAUGUUCGCUAUGACCCAAAAUAGCUGACCAUAAAUUAUUUCAUUCAAUUAUUAAUCGAUGCCAAUAUUUUUGCCAGUAUUACUUUAUUCAUGUUUUUGAGACAUUUUUGAGACUGUUGUCUUAGCUCCAUAGAUUUGUGGAAUAGUCUAUAAAAUAAUCUAUCUGAAGAAAUACUAAGUUCUGACAUGAAACUCUAGAUGGCGCAGGCUGAUGGGUCCUUAAUGCAACCUGGUGACAAUUAUGUUGUUAACUACAAGCUGAUUGGUUCAUGUUCGCAUUUGCAGCAAAUGAGCUUGCUGCUCAACAUUGAAAGUGCGCUGCAAACUGCUACAGCAAACACUGACCAGCUAUUUAAAAGUUCCCUUCACCUCCCCCAGCUCCACCUGUAUAGAUCUGCUACGGGUAAUUUCAUAUGCUAUUUGUGCAGCAGCAGCAUGUGUUUGUAUGUAUUGGUUGUAGAAAGUCUCUUGCUCUGCAGCAGCAGCAAUAUCAGCAGCAGUAGCGUAGCAGAUCUGUUAUGCCAAGGCCAAAUACAUUGUCAAACAUUGUCAUAUCAUUACCACGCUGAACUCUUCCGAGAGUUGUCAUGAUAGAAAUGCAUGUGUGGAGGGACAAUUCAAAAUGUCCAACUGAUUUUCAAAUAUUCUGUGGAAUGUGCCAAGCAAUAAGCAAUAUUCUGAUUUAACCCAGGAAUUUUCAGAACUGUUCUUGUCGUCAUAUGCAGUGCCUAUAUAAUUAUGCAAACGGUUUUCACCUCAUGCAUUUCUUAAGAUACCCAGAGGAUGCAUUUUAACAGUGCAUAGUAUGAAAAAUCCAUAAGAAUGUGAAGAAAUUUAUUGACACAUAUUUGAUGACUAAAGGAAUAAUCAUAUAUUUCAAACUUCAAAUUCCAAUUUAUUACCCUUUAAAAACAUUUUAAUUUUUAUCUAACAUUUUAAUUAUCAAAUUCUUUUAAUAUGCCAUACAUUUUAACUACAAUGUCCCAGUUUUUCUGUUGUUGUUUUUUUAAUGGCAAAACACUGGAAGAAAGAUCAUACUGUACCUUGGAAAAAAAAAAAAAAAAACAUUUUAUAUUUUGUUCUAACACUUGUUUUUUUUUUAUUCUUAUAUGGUGUAAAUGAAUGAUUAUGUUUGUAAUAAUAAGCUGUGCUGUUACUGUAUAUUUCUACUGUUUGAAAGUGCUAAACUCAGAUGUACUGAUGUUUGCCUUUAAGUAGCAUCCAAUUUGUGCCACUAUAAUGAUCAUGUAGGUGAAACUAUUAUGUGUUGUUUCAUAGAACUAUGCAAAGAUAACUUUUAGUUGAGUAAUCAACCUGUUUCAUGGAAAGAUGUUGUAAGAGUUUAGUGUAGGUAACAUAGUCAGAUCACUGUAAAGUGCCUUACAUAACAAACUUGCGACUUAAAGCAAUAGUUCACCCAAAAUAAUGAACGUCAUCAUUUACACAUCCUCAUGUCAUUCUAAACCUGUAUGACCUUUUUUCUGCUAUGGAACACAAAAAGAGAUGUUUAGCAGAGACUUCACGCUGCUCUUUUCCACAAAGUGAAGAUGAAUGGGGACAGUUAACCCUAAAUGUGUAUUUAAGUAUAAAUUAAGUGGGUUUGUAGUAUAGACUGUAAAAAAAGAUGGAUGAUGUAUCUCCACUUCCUUUUCCUUUCACUACAGAAAAAUUAAGCCAAAAUAUCCCAGAAGUGGCUGUUGACAUUGUUUGCCGAUUAGGUCAUUUGGAGCCCCAGUCUGCGCAGUAGUGAUCCUGAGGUGGAGCCGCGGUAUCAAGGUCCCGCCCACACUCCCUCUCCCCCACACUCGCAAGCACAGCUGUCAAUCAUGACAUUACAUACAUGAUUUAUAGCAUCAAACUAAAACCUACUUAUUGGAAAAAAUGAACAUACAUAGGCAUGAUGAGAACUAUGUAAAAUGACAGAAACCAACCUUGGAAAAAAAUAAUUUGUGUAACUGGAUUUUUUUGUUUGGCUCGCAUCCCAUUUGAUUACAUGGAGAGGGCAGAGUUUAUGGCCUAUACUGCAGUCAGCCACCAGGGGGUGAUCAAAAUGCUUUGGCUUCACUUUUCAGGAAAUGUGUGGCAUACUUGGUUUGGAGCAACAUGAGUAAGGAAAUGAUUUUCAUAUUUUAAUUUUUGUGUGAACUAUCCCUUUAAAUGAAGCAUUCUCUUCUAUUUAUGUGAUUUUAGACUUAGUCUUAAACUGUGGAACCCAAUGGUCUAUCAGUAGGAUCAUGAAAACUUAGUUAAUACUGACCCACAGUGUUCGACUCAAGACUUGAUCUGUUUUGUAUUCUGGCUCAAACCUGAGGUGUCUUGAAGCACUAUAAAACUUUCAAGAAUAGUGUAUAAUAUAAACUCCUUUGCCUACUAGACAGAAACUACUGAAAGUUGUCCUCUGAAUGUAAUGUUACACAGUGUUGACUACUAAAACUUUGCCAAAUUCCAAGUGAAGUCUAAAUAUGCAGUGAAACUUUUACAUAUCUCAUUGUGGAUUUAUAGCAAAACUGGCUGUUGCGAUUUUUUUCUGAGCAAUAAUUAAGACAAUCAGGUAACAGGUAAAGCACAAGGCUCCUGUAUGAAUGCAUAUGUAUCAGUCACAUCAAUGAAAGGUGCCUUUAAAACAGGCUUCCAUUGAACUUCCUUUAAUAACAAAUACAGAUUGGUCUGUCUUUUAUAAAAGUGUCUUGGCUAUAGCUAAAGACGGUUUUUGUUUUGUUAAUAUACUUUUGUAUUAUAUUUUUUAAGCUUAACCAAACAUUAUUUAAGAAAGGACUUAAAAUAGCUUGAGAUGUUGAUUUUUGGUUGAAUUUUUAAAGCAUUUAUUUCGUAUGAAUUCAAUACUGGAAGCCGGCCCACUUGUUGGGAAAGUCACCUUUCACUCAAACUGUUGUUUUGAAACCGUGUAACUUCCACUGGGAAGCUUUAUGAGGAAAGUAGCUGGUCACUAAUGUGACCAUUUCAUUGUUGGGAUUCAAGCUUGACAAGUGUAUUGGGAAUGAAAAUGUUACAGACAUUAAAAUAAAACUGAGUGGUUUUCACAA